AUGGGCGAGGAGGAGGAUACGGAACUGGCACGAAAUCUUUCCGAACGACUGAAAGCGGGCUGCUACGAGUGUGCGAUUUGCUCAGAAUUUAUUCAUCUUUGUGAUAAGCUUUGGUCUUGCUCGGAAUGCCAUGGGAUCGUGCACUUAUCAUGUGUUCGCUUCUGGGUGAAGGCACAGGCUGAAGAGCGGGAAAGACGGAGUACUGCUUGGGGCGCGACAUCGUGCGACGCAACUCAAUUUCGUUGUCCUCUUUGCCAGUUGAUUAAUUUAACGUCUACAGUGGCGGAGUACAGAUGCUUCUGUGGAAAGGUAAAGCAGCCAUGUGCGGAUCCCCUACUCGUGCCUGGCUCUUGUGGUCAGAUGUGUGAGCGGUCGCGUCGUGAUCCAAGGUGUGGGCAUCCCUGCACACUGAUGUGUCAUCCAGGGCCGUGCCCUCCGUGCUCCUUGGUCCGUCUGCAGUCCUGCUACUGUGGUAAGACAGAGAAAACUGUUGGAUGCUCAAGUGAAGUGUAUGGCUUUGAAUGCAACGAUGUUUGUGGGAAGUCUCUCGACUGUGGGAACCAUCAUUGCACCGUCCCUUGCCAUGAAGGGCCGUGCCCAAUCUGCAUGGUGCUAAAGACAGAAACAUGCUACUGUGGGGCCACGGAAAGAAAACUGCGCUGUGGCGAGAAUGGACCUUUUUCGUGCAACAAGGUGUGCUCGAAGCCACUGGACUGCGGCAGUCACACCUGUCAGUUCAAAUGUCACGAAGGACCUUGCCAACCUUGUGUACGGACGCCUGAGCGACAGAUAUUCUGUCCCUGUGGCAAGGUGCGUAUAAACCAACUGCUUGAUUUACCAAGAACGUCCUGUUUGGAUCCACUUCCCUCCUGCGGACUCGUCUGCGGGGCACCACUUCCGUGCAACCAUACAUGCUCUUUUGUCUGUCAUGACAAUCCUGUAUGCCCGCCCUGUACUAAGCUAAUCACGUCCAGGUGUGCAUGUGGCUCUUGCGAAGUCACAUAUCCUUGCUUUUAUCAUUACUUGCCUCCAGCGCAAUGGCAAGAGGCUGCCGUAAAGGCAAACAUUAAUGUGAAUAAGGUGACCCUUUGCUAUCCUCCCAAAUGCCAAAAGCCCUGUAGAAAGCAGUUGUCAUGUGGCAAACAUGUAUGCAAAGAGGUCUGCUGCUCCAAUGAAGAUCACAUAUGCUACCAAAUUUGCACAAAACGUUUGCAGUGUCGGAUGCACUCUUGUGGUCAACUUUGUCACAAGGGACCGUGCCCUCCGUGUAGUGUCGCAUCUUACCAGAGACUGUACUGCCGUUGUCGACGCACGUGGGUUGAGCCUCCAGUGCCCUGCGGUACAAAACCUCCAAAUUGCAGUCAUGAGUGUGCCAUCCCUCGAGCUUGCGGCCAUCCGCCGAAACACCCAUGUCACAUUGAGGAGAAGUGCCCGGAUUGCGUGGUUCCUGUGGAAAAGAGGUGCGCAUCACAUAACAAGGUGAUGCCAUACUUUUUGCCCUGCUUUAGGCAUUCCAUUUCAUGCGGAAAGAAGUGCGGUAAACAAUUGGCAUGCUGUGGAAGAAAAUGCGAGAAGACAUGCCAUGGGGGGCCGUGUGAGCACCAGUGCACAAACAAGUUUCCGACGCUUGCAUAA